AUGUUGGCCGCGGCUUCGUUGGCAGCAACUGUGGCAACAACCUCCUCAAAGGUUCUGUCCUCCACGUCCUCCACUAUGCGCAGAAGCAGCCUCCAGACCAACGAGGAGAUCAAGCUGUUUGCCGAUGACUCAGAGGGGCUCGAGAACGUGAUCCCAAAGUCCACUCGACUGUUUGAUGAACAUCUUAGCAAAUUACACCAUUCUGGCAUUUGGCAGGAACGGCGGCUAAUCGCUUGCUCGGAGUUUGUUUACGUGCUCAUGCCGUCGGAAGCACCAGCAGAACAAUCUGGUCAGUGCAAGCUGGUGAAAGACGCUUCCUCGGACAGUUCUGAAUGCCACUUCAUACUUCUGCAAGGAGGGUAUCUUGCGAUGUAUGAGACAGAAGAGGAGUUAAUAGCGCGGAAAAGCGACACGGGAGGAAUCGAAUUCAGCUUGCAUUCGACCAAGAUCCUACAGCUGAAUAAGAACGAGAAAUCAAUAAUCUUGGCAGCAACAAGCUGCAAGUAUACACUGAUCUUCAACAAGGAAGAGGAGUAUGAAGUUUGGUCGAAAGCCUUCACAGAGCAUUCGGAGUUUGCAUUCAAUGAGAAACAAAACAUCACUGUAAAGAUUCCGAUUGUUGAGAUCAAAGAAAUCGCAGCGAUGGACGACGCUGCUUUCAAACAGAGCAGCAAUAGCCUCCCGCACUUCCAUUUCCACAGGACGGCCUCUGAAAAUGACAAAGCUGCAGCAGAAGACGGCGAGGGUCUGGACUCCUUCAUGUUCCAGAUCUCGACGAUCCCAGAGGGCUACAACUCCGGUAGAAGUUACUUCUUCAGAACUCAAAAUGUUGUCUCGGGAAGGAAGAUAGUUGACAUCUUGAGCGCUGUUGUUGUUUGCGCUCGCAAGUCGUUGAGAAGGAAGAGCGGCCUUGUUCUCAUUCAGCGCAACGUCAAACGUUUUUACAACUCCACUCCUUUUCAGAGCCUCGUCGCCCUCUUGCUCGUCCUCAACUUCCUCUCCAACAUCUCUGAGCAGCAGCUGAAGCCGCUGCCGGACUCUCCCACCUCUCACCUCUACGACAAUCUCGACAUCUUUUUCACUGGUGAUCAGGUCUUCCGCCUCCUCGUCCAGAGCUCUGACGUCUUGCUUGCAAUUGCAGUGCUCUUCACCGUCGAACUCUGCGUCAACUUCUUCGCCAACUUUUGGUGGGACUUUGUCUCGGACGGCUGGAACUUGUUCGACUUUGUUAUCGUCUCGCUAUCCAUCCUGCAGCUGGCCCUGUCGUCGUUCCCCAGCCUGAGGCCCUUGCGGACGUUCCGAACUUUCAGGAUCAUCCGCAUGUUUGGCAAGCUGAGGCAACUCAGGACCAUUAUCAACGCUAUCCUGUCAAGUCUCGUCCCGGUCCUCCAGACCAUGGCCAUCUGCCUGGUCGUCAUCUCAGGUUGGAACUGUUGCAAGCUCGACAGCUCUGAUGCUUCUCCAGUGUACUGCAGCAUGGGUGUUGAGUUCUUCAGCAGCAAGGCGCCUGAUGAGUUUGGGAAUUUCUUCCGAGGCUUCUAUACUCUAUUUAGCGUCAUCGCCUUUGGCAAGUGGCCUGACGACGUUCUGCCGCCCUUCAACCCCGACGGGUCCGUUAACAUCGGCAACGUGGCUUACAUAUACUCCUUCGUCCUCCUCGUCAUCCUUGUGCUCUUGCAAGUGCUCGUAGCCGUCCUCCUCGAGAACUUCUUCAGCGCAGCGAGGAGGGAGAGAGAGAAGCUGCUGAUGGAGCACGAAGACAAGAACCUCUCUACCGUGGCCAACCCUCUCCAUAGCCUUCUCAGCUCGCUCUCAGUCCAGUUCGCUACCCCCUGCGACCUCGAGCAAAGGAUGGACCUUAUCUUCCAGGUCCUUGACUGCGAUCGUGGGGGGACGUUGAGCUACGAUGAGUUUGCGGAGGGACUGCACAAGAUGUUUCCCCUGUGCAACAGGCUGACUGAGGACGAUUUCUUCUCCUUCACCGCUGGUACAAACGAGCUCACAUCUCAGCAGUUCCGGCAGUGCCUGUGGAAAGAGCUCAAGUCGUACAUCCUCCGGAGGAUGACAGAGGCUGCGGUCCUGCUGGAUGGAGACAAGGAGUCGGAGAUCAUGCUGACGGCGAUGAAGAUGAUGCUUGUGAUGGGAGAUCCGACCUUCGAUGAGUUCGGGUCCAAGGAUAAGCUUCAUCGUGGCAGGGGGAUGAGCAGGCACAACUUGAGCGACAAGCUUGACCGAACUUCGAGCCAUAGGUCGAGCUUGAGUUGCGAUGUGCUGGGACUGCGGGAGGAAGUGCAGACAUGGAGGAGCGAGUGUGUAGCUCUACAGCACAAGUGCUUCAACCUUGUAGAAGAGCUUGCUAUGAAGGUGAACAUGCUGCAGCCUCCUGCAACAGUUGCGAAGCAUGUGAAGCUCCCAGAUCAUGAAGUAGAAUACAGCAACGGCAACGGCAACGGCAACGGCAACGGCAACAGCAACAACAUCAACAUCAUCAAAAACAACAACAAUAUCAUCAUCAUCAUCAUCAUCAUCAUCAUCAUCAUCAUCAUCAUCAUCAUUUACUACUGCUACUACUACUACUACUACUACAGCAACUGCAACUACUACUACUACUAG